CUUGGCUUCGACUCGAACUUGUUCCGCAUGCCAUUGCCCUCGCCCGCGGUCACCUCCCGCCAUCGCGCUCGCCUGCUUUUUUGUCCUUGCUCUCUCCGUUGUCGUGCUCUGUAUAUCUAGCUGUCUUUUACCACAAUGCUUCCACCUCCGCAACCCCCGCAAGAAGCUACUGACAUUUUCUCCAUAUCCGACCAGGUGCUGGCCGAGAGGCUGCAGUUCAUUGAAGAGAUCGGGUUCGGUAACUGGGGAAGCGUCUGGUUAUGCCGUCCUAAACCCGAACCCGGCUCCCCUUCCUCGGACAACCCUCACGCGCUGCGAGACACCAGAAUAGCCGUCAAGCUCGUUCACCGUUCGAAGACGUCGACCACAGCGGCGCGUGUUCGGUCACUAUGGAACGAAAUGAAGGUCGUCAGAACACUCAAACACGAACCUCAUCCCUCGAUCAUCCCCUUCUAUUCCUUCAUCAUUACCCCUUCAUAUGCUUUGAUUACCAUGGCUUACCAUCCUCGCCUCGUUCCCGUCGAAGUCCCAGAGAGACACUCGAAACCAUGGUUCCGUUCGCUACUCUCGGGUGUGGAGUUCCUGCACAAGCGUGGUGUUGUCCAUAACGAUAUCAAACCUGCCAAUAUCCUCAUGUCAGAAGAACAUGUCCCUGUACUCAUCGAUUUCGGCUUCGCAGAAAGGUAUGAUAUUGAAUCCAGCAAGGCGUUCCACAGUAACCUUUCCUAUGGUACACCAGAGUAUCUCUCGCCUGAGCGCGCGCGGGGGAUGCCACACGACACGCGCAAAUCGGACGUCUGGUCACUCGGCGUAACAUUCUUCGAGAUUGUCAUGGGCCGCACGCCGUUCGAGUACUCCGAGGGCGAGCAGUUUACGACCAAAGAGGAUCUGGAGAUGUACUGGAAUCGUACUUUGCGCGGAAAAUGGGUCGGCACAUGGAAGAUGUCGAAGGGUCUCGAGAAGCUCCUGCGCAGGAUGAUUCUUCCCAAUGCAGACCUGAGAUGCACCGCUUCGCAGGCCAUGGAGGACGAGUAUUGGGUGCACAAGGAGGCAGUGGCUCCAUCUCAUCGCAAAGGUGCCAGCGUCUCGCAUGCGCCGUCCCUCUCUCUUGGCCUCGAGAAGGAUGUUUUCAAGUUUUCGGACAUCAUUUCCACUUGGUCUCCUCGAUCUGUCGCUGAGAAGGACAAGGUCAAGGAGAAAGACCGAGCUAGCGAGAAGGAGAAAUCCAAGCAUGAACACGCCCCCAAGCGCGACACCAACAAGGAGAACAGCAUGGGCGAGAGGGGUCGGGUGACCGCUCAGGAGACGGAAGAGACCAAAUUAGAGCGUCGAGGUAGCAAGUCGCGCCAUGCGCGAUCUCAGUCGCAGCCCAAGCUCCUGCUGCAAGAGGCUCGCGUCGCCAACCAAGCGAAGAAGAAUGGACCUAUGCCUUCUCUGUUGGGCACGCUCUCACCGCUCGAACACUCGCCCCCAGCGACGCCUACCGUCUUCAGCCCGGUGGUCACUGCUGGUAAGGAGAACUCUUCGCCUACGCCCAGUGUAAACAGCAAGACCGCCCGAGCCACGCGGAAACCCAUUGGUCCGCGCGGACCUACUCCGCCAACGUCACCUACCGUCUCGUCGUCUAUGUCACCAUCUGGCAAGGAGAACGCACAGUCGCCGGCUCUCACGAAGCAGAAAGAGAAGGCGACGCGACGGAGUCGGGUUUUCAAGGACGUCACCGCCGUGAAUCGCAAUGUGGAGAAUACGAGCGUGGCGGAGAUAGUGACUCCGAAGCGCCCAGCCAAGAGUCCUGAGUCCCACUCGAAUUCCGUCAAGGAUAGGAUGAAGGCGUGGGAGAGGGAGAGGGAGCGUCUGAGGGAAAUGGAGUUGUUGGAGGAGCGGGUGAAGGAAGUUGAGGAAGAGCGGGAAAAGCAGAAGAAGGAGGAGAGACAGAUGGAGGAGGAAGUCGAGCGGGAGCUCGAAGAGAAGGCCGCUAGUGAGAAGGAGCGGCUCGAGGAACAGGGGCAGCAGCGACAGACGCAGCUAGAGGCUGAGCGUCAGCGGGAGCUGAAUGUCGCGAGGGACAAGGCCAUCGAAUGCGAGAGGGGUAGAGCCCGGGAGUCCAGUCUUCCGAGGCUUAAUCUCCUGCGGGGGGCAUCGAUGAGUCCGUCUGGUACUGUUCCGUCUACGCCUCUUAGUCCCCUGAAGGAAGAAUCAGAACCAGCUACUUCGCCGCAGGACGAGUACCCGUGUACUGGGAAUGAGUCCGGCAUCAAUCUACUCAAGCAUGGCUUGAGGAUGUCAAUCGACAAGACCAUGAGGCUCUACAAGUCGUCGACUAUGGCGCUAGGCCGCUCGACUCCUGCCCUCCAGCUGCCAAAUGAUGACGACGACGACGACAUCUCCCGAAUGAGUGUUAGUGAACGCGAAUCCUGGGAAGACGAUAAUCUCGUUCGUAGAGCUAAUUCGUCGCUGCCCGUUGUGCGGUAUGCAGUCCGGAACGAAGAGCUGGCUGUUGCCAACAAGCUGGAUCGCAUGACCAUUUGGAUCCGCAACGUCGAGAAGGUAGUCGAGGACGCGCGACAGACCUUCGCAGAGUCGUCCACUAGCGGACCUCUACCGCCGCUGCCUCUCGCGCCGGUGUCUCGACGUGCCUCCCUUUCUCGAAGCCAACGAUCUACUGGGCGCAUGCCCCGCAAGAUCUUGGCUGCCAGCCAGAUAUUCACAGAUGGAUACGAGUCUGGCUACCUGGACCAGAGCGCAUUGUUCCUUGACAGGUCCGGAGGCUCUAGCUACUACGCAGACGCUAAGGUGGAACCAAAGAGCCCGACCGCUCUGCACGUGAACGAGGACACCUUGCCCACGAUCCCGUCGGAGCAGCCUAGUGUGCUCAGCAACCAUCAGAGUCUCGUUGUACCUGAAACCCCAUCUCGCCGGCGCCGCGCUACGGUCGUGACCCGCUCUCCGGAACCUGCUCGUGAGAAACCGAGCUUGGAGAUAGACACGUCGCCGUCAAAGCGCCGCGAGAAGUCGCGUUCUCAAAACGAUUUGAUACGACCGAUUACGCCCGUUACGAAAUUGGAAUUCGAACUGCAGAAGCUUGCGACGCCUGCCCCUCCCCAGCGGCUUUCCGCGAUGGUCGACAGAAGUAUAUUUAUUACACCGUCCCCUAGUACUGGGCCACAGGAAGUACUAGACACGCAGGAUCGAUUUCAUGACGAGCUAACGGCAUCGCCUUUCCACGUCGAACCCUACCCGCCUCGACCCCAGAGUGUGCAGAUAGAGGCUCCUCUUGAUACACCGGGGCGCAAGCACUUGGACGACGUCUAUGACCGCUUCCUGAUGUCGACCGCUGGGGUGAAGCGCGUUGGCAAAGGCUACCAAUCCCAGACUGGGCCUAUCUCAAACAUACCUGUGCACGCGGCCACGAACGCGAAGCGCAACCAGACUUUCUUCCGUUCCACCAGGAGGCCGAUGCCCCCGCCUGUGUCCAGCGAAGAUCUGCGCAAGGCCACGUCUAUCGACGAGUUUGGUGUGGUCAUGCACGCCACCGCUGCACAUGACCGCAGUACCGAUCCCUACGAUCCAAGCAAGAACACCGUUGCGAUCGUCCGCAAGGCGUUCAAGGCGAUCGUCUCAGGGAAGCCUAUGUCAACUAAGUCCAGAGUAGUCCUAUGAGCUAUGUCUUCCUUGCUUUCAUGUCUGCCUGUUCCCCAGUAUUAUCAUUCUCCCUCUCUGUCGGACCUCAUUUUCAAUCGUCAGGAUUGCCGCAUUCCAGUCGUCGUUGCUAUCGCAUUGCUUUCGUAUGUCUAUCUAGUCUUGCUCUUCACGAUCCCAUUGACGCAUCUUCACGAUAUACGCUCAGUUAUUCCUCAUAUCUCAUUUGCUCUGCAGGUUCAUGUCUAUACGUUCCAGACCAGUGAUGAAUGCGAUGACUUUGGGUCUGUGACCUACGUUCCGACU